ACUCAUCUCGCGCUCACUAUUCAAAUAUACUGAAAUCCAUCAAGCCUUUUCUCGCGCAAACCCCCCAACUCACAGGACCACCUGACACAGCUCUAUACCCCGACCGGUAUCUCCAAGGCGGCGAGGCGAGGCCGCGGCCGCUAAGGACCGACCAGACCAUAUCCAUCUAUCUACCCCCCCAAUUCAGGGCGCCUGUUCAAGACCCUCAAGCUUGCCACAAGAAGCUCAUCUCCAAUCCUCUCUCACACCCAACCAGCCAAAAUGAACCGGCUAUUCGGUACGAAGAACACGGCACCCAAGCCAACCCUAGAUGGGGCUAUAACCAAUGUGGAAACCCGCAUCUCCAGCAUUGACGUCAAGCUUGCGGCACUCAACUCAGAACUAUCAACCUAUCAAACGAAGAUCUCGAAGAUGCGCGACGGGCCAGGAAAAACCGCGUUACGGCAGAAGGCACUCAAGGUACUCCAGCGACGGAAACAGUACGAAGCGCAGCGGGAUCAGCUAUCGCAGCAGUCGUGGAAUAUGGAGCAAGCGGGUAUGAUGCAGGAUAACUUGAAGAAUGUGAUGACGACGGUGGAUGCGAUGAAGACGACCACCAAGACGCUCAAGAAGCAGUAUGGGCAGAUUGAUAUUGAUAAGAUUGAGCGGUUGCAGGAUGAGAUGGCGGAUUUGAUGGACGUGGGGAAUGAGAUUCAGGAAAGUAUAUCGAGGGCGUAUGAUGUUCCUGAGGAUGUGGAUGAGGCGGAACUGGAUGCUGAGUUGGAGGCGCUGGGUGAGGAGACGUUGAUGGAGAGCUCCAUGGCUGAUAGUGCAAUGCCGAGUUUCUUGCAGGAUGAGGUGGCGCCGCCGCAGUUUAUUGAUGAGCCGCCGGAGCAGACGAAGGUUAAGGAGCCUGCUAGUGGGUUGGGUUAGGAUUACAUACCUACGUGGUUUACUAUGAGAAUAGCGGUUUAGGAGUUAUGAUCAUGGUGGCAUCGGAGUUGGGAUUUUUCUUGUUAUCUUUUCCUUUCCCUCAAAUUAAUCGAUUAAGC